AUGAUUUCGGACCGCCUUUCCUCUCAUCAUCAUUAUCCCCAAGGAAACAAGAAGGGAUCAACGUCGAGCUCUAGAAAAACAACUAGCUCCUCUCCUCCUCGGAAUCCAAUCAUUAAUUACGAAGAAUUACAUGCCGAUAUAAAACCAGUGUCGACGAAUUAUUCAAGUCAUGCUUACAAACAAUCGACGAUCAGCGGAGGACAAAAAUUAGAUCAUGGCCGACCAAACUCGGAAAGAAACAAUAGGAAGAGUUAUACCUUCAGCGUUUCAAAUGGCUCAUCUUCGAAUACAAACAAUGACUUUAUGGUUCAAGAUUUACCUCCCAGCUAUGAAACUGCCAUUUCUCAAAACAAUAACAAUAAUUUUAUGGAAUCAAAGAGGAAGGAAUAUCUCAUUCAAAAGUUGAGUCACCUCAAGAAACAAAAUUCGACCUCAUUGGAACAUUUUCAAUUCGUUCGAGAUGAUGUCCGACAAAGUAAAGAGGUCAUGGAAAAGCAAAUUCUGCAAGCAUAUGGAGCCAUGAAGCUCAAACUUGAAUCCUUAUUACAAGAAUCUUUGAAUUGCCUUGCAGAUAUGGAAGCUGAAAUGACUGAACCUCUGGAUAUGAAAAUUGAACAACUGAAACGAAAUAUGCGAACCAUUGACAUGACAGAAAACACCCUAGCUCGACAGCCCUUUUCCGAAUCAGUCAGAGAAAAAGUAGAUGCUUGUCUGAAGACGAACGUUCCUCCCUUUACAUCAGAUAUUGACAUUUACAAACUGACAGACAUCAAUAAUUAUCCAAUGAUACGAGUGAGCAACUCGUUUUUGGGAGCAGACGCGUCAAAAAAGAGUCCUAUCCCCACUUCAAGGAUAUCCAUGGAUAUUGAUCCUUCGAAUAGAGAAAAACGAAACAACACUCUGCAUGGUGAAUAUAAUACUUUUCAUCCCAACAACCAUCGUGUGAUGGAUGACUGUAAGAAUGAUUCCCUAAACAUUAGUGAAUGUACAGAUUACGAUUAUGCUCCUAGAUCUUACCCUGAAAGAAGCACAAAUUACCCGUCUUCAACCUCUGCAAAGAGGACAAUUCAAGAUACAGACAUUAGAGCUCAAAAGGAUCACCCUUUUACUCCUUCUGAUUCUGUGAUUGGAAGUUAUCAACAGCUGGAAGAUUUAUAUUCUCAAACUAAGAACUGUGCCGUAUUUAAAGGAACAAACUUUUAA